AUGUCCACAUAUUCAGAGAACUCCCCGGUGGCUGUUGCUGCGGUGUUUGCUGCCAUUGCAACGAUUUCAGUCACAUUGCGCCUCUUUGCACGAAGAAAGAAGCGACUCGUCCUGGAGUGGGACGACUACUCCAUUGUUCUAGCUCUGGUCUGCUUACUUGGGCUUGUGGCUUGUGAUAUCGUCGGAGUUGUGCAUGGUGGCGUUGGCCUUCAUGUCACCGAUGUAGUGGCUAACUAUGGUCCGAAGCCAUUGACCAUUUUUGCAAAGGACCUUAUUGCAGUCCAAAUCCUUUGGGCAACGAGUCUCAUGUUCACGAAGACUUCGAUUCUGUUCUUCUACACGAGAAUAUUCACGGUCCCUGCCUUCCGUCUUGCCGCCCGCAUUAUUGGUGGUGUUGUCGUCCUGUGGGCAUUGAGUGUUAUUCUUUGCGGCUUUCUGCUAUGUCGACCAUUCGCUUUCAACUGGGACCAAACUAUUCCCAACGGACACUGUGGCAAUCAAAUCCUGUCGUACGAGCUCACAGGAGCAUUUAACAUCUGCACUGAUGUCAUGGUAUUGGCUCUUCCGCUCCCGCUCAUCUGGAACCUACAGAUGAGAAUGGCCAAUAAAAUUGGGCUCCUCGGAGUCUUUACUGUGGGCUUCUUCGUGUGUGUUGUCAGCGUCGUUCGAUUGAUCACGCUCAUCCAUCUCUCUUACUCCGACAUCACCUACUCCGUCCCCAACGCACUUAUCUGGAGCAUGCUCGAGCCCGCCAUCGGUAUCACGCUUGCCUGUCUCCCCGUCAUUCGACCACUCCUUGGAUCGGGCUUCAGCUCUCUCUCCAAGAGUAAAAAUACAAGCGAGAAGACGCGGUCCAAUUUCCAGCAACUCGACGAAAACUACCCCCUGCGUUCCCUUGGCGACAGCAAGAGGGCCAUGAACGUGGAGGUGGGGUCGGAACACGGGUCUACCAGAGAGAUCAACCUUCCCGAGAUAAACGUACAGCAUGCUAUCGAGAAUACUGGACCGCUCGACUCCCAUCGGAUGUCGCAACGGGACAAGAAGAUUACGGUUACCCAGGAGUUUACGCAGGAGUGGACCACGAGGUAACUCUUUUUCGAUUAAAGUCUGGUGAUGGUGUGUACGAUAUAUCUUCAGGGAAUAACGGCGGCUUGUUAUCCCUGAAACUCCACGCAAUUGGCGUUAGAUUGUCCUGGAAGAAAAAAGGGACUCAUGAAAAUUAUCAAUACGAAAACUGGCUCGUCGCCAAAUUAUAAAC